CAUUCACACAGUUUCACCGAAGCUGUUCACUCCAGGAACUCAUUUUCUCUGUGGAUACUGCUUCCUGCUCACUUUUGGUCGAGCUGUUGAUCUCAACACAUUAGAGGUUAACAACUGAAGAGGUUAACAAACUGCUGCAGAGCUUAAUCACCUGUGGAUUUUCAUUCAUAUCUUCUGGACAUCUCUUUUAAAGAUGUCCCACCCUAGCACUCUGGAUUUAGACAGAUACAGCACCCUGGAUAACUCUCGUCGCUCUAACAGUCGUAGCCAGUCCAGGUCCCAGUCCAGGCACCAGGGCAGGUCACACGGCCGGUCACAAGUCAGGUCAGAGGCAGCGUACGGGGACGUCGUGUGUGACUUCUGCACAACAAGGAAGGAAAAGGCUGAGAAGUCCUGCCUGGUGUGUCUGGCGUCUUACUGCGAGACCCACGUCCAGACUCACUAUGACUACCCUGCCCUGAUGAAACACAAGCUGGUCAAAGCUACGGGUCAGAUGAGAGAGAAGAUCUGUGCACAGCAUGACAAGCUGCUGGAAGCUUUCUGUCGCACUGAUGAGACAUCAGUGUGUGUUCUGUGCAUGAUGGAUGAACACAAACACCACGACAUCGUCCCGGCUGGCACUGAGAGGACCGAGAAACAAAAACAACUUGGUACCACGCUGCACAAAUCUCAACAAAGGAUCGACCAGAGAGUUAAAAAGUGGCAGGAUCUUCAUCAAGCUGUUGAAGCAGUUAAACACUCAGCUCAAACUGCCCACGAGGAGAAUGAACGAAUCUUCACCGAGCUUCUGCUUUCCAUCGAGAGGAAGUACAAUGAAGUCAAGGAGAUGAUCCGUUCCCACGAAAGUACCACUGUGACACGUGGGGAGCUGCUGCUGGACCGCUUGGAGGAAGAAAUCACUCUGCUGAGGAAGAAACACAACGACCUGGAGAAGCUCUCACACACUGAUGAUCACAUUCACUUUCUGCAGAGCUGGCAGUCUCUGUCAGGCCCCUCAGGAUAUGAAGACCUCAACAACGUCAGUGUCGUUCCCAAUUACUCUUUUGAUGCCACCAAGAGAGCCAUCGCUUCACUGAAAUUGCAAGUGGAGGAAGUCAGCAAGACAGAAAUGACCAAAAUCUCAGGAGCAGUGAAGGAUGUCUACAUCACACAAGAAGGUGAGACAAAGACAAGGAGAGAAUCAAUUUUGAGGGAUGAACCCAGGAUAAGGGAAGAACCAAGGACAAGGGAAGAACCAAGGACAAGGGAAGAACCAAGGAUAAGUGAAGAACCGAGGACAAGUGAAGAACCGAGGACGAGAGAAGAUUUCCUAAGAUACUCUAGCCAGUUGAUUCUGGACGUCAACAGUGUCCAUCGCCACCUUCACCUCUCUGAGGGAAACCGAACAGCUACGAUGAAGCAAGAGCCCAGGAACUACCCCGAUCACCAGGACAGAUUUGACCACUGGCAGCAGGUGUUGUGCAGGGACAGCUUGGCUGGUCGUUGUUACUGGGAGGUGGACUGGAGGGGAACAGAAAUAGACAUAGCUGUUACCUACAGGGGAAUCCGCCGUAAAGGAAACAACAAUGAAUGCAGCCUGGGCUGGAACGACAAGUCCUGGAGUCUGUACUGCAAUGACUCCAAAUUCUCCUUUGUGCACGGUAAUAGGAGCAAAGAAAUUGCAGCUCCCGUGUCAUCUCGUAUUGGCGUCUACCUGGAUUAUGCAGCAGGAACCCUCGCAUUUUACAGCAUUUCUGGUGGCAUGCAGCUUCUGCACAAAGUGCAGACUACAUUCACACAGCCCCUCUACCCUGCAUUCAGCGUGUGGGGCUAUGGUACUAGUAUAAGACUGUAAUCGAGUUGCUAUAGUGUGAGUAGUUUGCAUCUAAUUUACCAAAUAUUCCCAAUAUUGUUGUAAAUAUGUGAUGCAGGGCAUUUGAUUAAUUCUUUUUGUUCAGCUUGCAGCUAAAAGUAAUUUUUUCCUCAUGUUUGAAAGAUAGAAUGACUGUUUUUUUAAUGAUAAAAUUGAUCUGUUUUUGUUCUUUUGAUCACUGAUUGUUGUUUUGGGGCAAUCUAGUCUACAAAAAGUGUCAGGUAUAAUAGAAACAAUAUGUAAUAAUUGAAUAUCAUGUUUUUUUUCAAAAUGUUCAAUAUCUUUUUUAAAUAUUAUGUUAAAGCAUGUUAUAUUUAUAUAAAUGGUAUGUUAUAAAUACAAUUUAAUCAA